AAAAUAUGGAAUGCUUAUGGGUGUGGUUAUAAUUAUUAACAACAUGUUUAGUGCAUAUGAAUUCGCUGAUUCUCAUCUGAAGUGAUACGUGUGAACGAAAUAUUAAAUUUGGGAAAGCUGUACGUGUUUGCAUAUGAGUUUCGAUAAUUUUUCAACGAGCUAAGUACUGGAACGAGAUCGCAGAACGAACCACUACUGGAGUCUGCCUGGAAUUUUAAAUAGCACGUUUAUUACCAGUGGAAAUCAGCUGAACAUGGAGAGGAAUAUUCGCAGCUUCGUACACUGCCCCACGCGAGCAACGAAUAAGGAAGAACAAAUAAGGUUCAACUACCGUUCAGAGUAAGUCACCGUUCACGGCCAUUCUAUGUUUCGGCCAGUCGAUCGACCCCUAAGUUUCAGGCAGCGCGCCAGCGACUGGAUCUAUAAGAUGCUUUUUCUUUGGUCAAGGGAGCCAGCCCCGGGUCCAAGAGCCGGUCCCUGGUUUGCAUGGUUCGCCACAGCCCUGGUUCUUUGGCGUUGUCGACGUAGCGUCGCCAAGGCGAUCCUGGCCGUGUCACCGUUGAGAUUACUGAAGAAACGUAACCUCCUGCCUCUGAACACAUCGAAAGCCUCGUCCACGGCGACUCUCGUGAAGCUACAUCACCGGCAGAGACCUGAAGCAGCGCUAGUGCAACGGAAACACAGGCACUCGGGGAUCAGAACGAAAGUGAAACGACUGUGUACCGGUGACGGACCGCAUGUGACCAGCUCGACGUUCGCGAUACAAAGUCAACAAAUUCAUUACAAAGUGACCAGAAGCGGCAAAAUAUACGGGAAAUAUCCGAACAAGGUCGCCACGCCGGUGACCAGCGGCCGGGGAAACCAUUGAAGCGUGACCAUUCCAUUUUCUCCGAUUGUUUAACACCGAUAGCUCUCGCUUUUGUGCGGCCGUGGCCGUCCACGCGUUCAUCGCGGUCGUUCCUCGUGUGAACAUGCGUCAGCUCGAAAAACACGUGUGCUUGUACGAAACCUAUUCUGCGUUUGUCGCCAUAAAGUUAUUUCGUCCAAUGGACACUCUUGCGUUUUCCUUCGGCAUCGAUUUCGAUGCAGCGAGGCGGCGCUGUUGAAAUUCUUCCGGUUCCACAUCGUUGGUUUUCAAUCAUUUUUCACGCCCUGAGAAAUGAAA